UUUAAAAAUGGCGAAUAGCGGAAGUCUAUGUCCUUUGUCGUUCUUUUGAUAAUUUGACACACGUGCCGCGUGGAGUUUUGCCUCGCAGCACAAUGGUUGCGGUAACAGAAAAGAAGAAGACUGAAAAGGAGCCUGUAAAGGGCAAGGAGGGCAGCAAAAAGCUUCCCGCCGUACCUGAGUCUGUCUUAAAACACCGUAAAAGGAGAGAUGCACUCCGCACACGCCGUAUUGCAGUUACACUUAAGAGGCGUUCAGUAGCCAUCAAGAAGAAGCAGGAGAUCUUCAAGAGGGCCGAGCAGUAUGUAAAGGAGUACCGCAUCAGGGAACGUGAUGAGAUCAGGCUAGCCAGACAAGCUCGCAACCGUGGAAACUAUUAUGUUCCCGGUGAGGCCAAGCUUGCCUUUGUCAUCCGUAUCCGUGGUAUCAACCAGGUUUCACCCAAGGUACGCAAAGUGCUGCAGCUGUUCAGAUUGCGUCAAAUCAACAAUGGUGUGUUUGUCCGUCUGAACAAGGCCACCGUCAACAUGCUGCGUAUCGCGGAGCCGUACAUCACUUGGGGAUACCCCAAUCUCAAGAGUGUGCGGGAGUUAAUCUACAAACGUGGUUUCGCGAAGGUGAAGGGUCAGCGCAUGCCUAUCACCUCCAACAAGAUCAUUGAGGACAAACUCGGCAAGAGCAACAUCAUCUGUAUUGAGGACUUAAUCCAUGAAAUCUUUACUGUCGGAGAGAAGUUCAAGUACGCGAGCAACUUCCUAUGGCCGUUCAAGCUGAACAACCCGACCGGAGGCUGGCGCAAGAAGACCAUCCACUACGUCGACGGCGGGGACUUCGGCAACCGCGAGGACAAGAUCAAUGACCUCCUGAGGAGAAUGGUCUAAUAAUAAAUAGAGUUUAAUUAUA